GUUGGAGCCUGUGCGCACUCCGGCAUAGGAGAGAGAGGCUGGAUCUCCUGAUUGAAUCCAGCUGUUGGGAGAGCAGCUAUACUCGGAGGGGGCCCGUCAAUUUGCAUAGCUAAAUAACCAGCACGGUCGAAAAGGGAUCCGGGGGCAAAAAAAAAAAAAAACGGGACGGUCCAUUUUUCGGAAAAGACACUCCUUCAACGGUUGGUCAAUGUGCCGCAGCUCCGGCUCGAUCAGACAAUCGUGCUUGAUGAAAACCUGGUGUCGGCUUUCGCGUAUAAGGGCGCAUAGUUGAGGGGGGGGUUGGUGAGAGGGCCCCGCUGGGAAUCGGAUUUACGGGUCGUCUGAAUAUUUCCUUUGAGGGGGGAGAGCUCUCUAGAAACCAUUAAAACCAUGCUUCUUGAAAUAGGUGGCCCCCGGUUUUGUGCUUCUCCAAGGAUGUUGGCUGCUCUGGUAUUUAUUCUGCUUUGGAUCCAGCCUGGGCACGGACAGACCUGCAUCAAUGGCUUUGCGUUUGACAUUGGCUUAAGGAGGUGUGCAGAUGUGAACGAGUGCGACAUCCUGCCGCAGCCCUGCCAGGGGGACAUGGAGUGCGUCAACCAGAUCGGCGGUUACCGCUGCAUCUCGGCCGGCCUGUACGAUCGGCCUUACAGACAAAGCGGCCCGGUUCUGCCCGAGCUCAGCUACCCGGACCCCCCCGAGGGCAACGCGGAGACUUUCCUGCCGGCCGGUCCCAGACCCGUCGGGCCAAGUUACCCCAGAGUGGGGAGCCCGGUGCUGUGCACUCUGGGAUACGCUCCCGCGGCGGAUGGCACCUGUAACGACAUUGAUGAAUGCGAGACAAACUCUCAUCACUGCAACCCAACCCAGGUCUGCAUCAACACAUCGGGCGGUUACACCUGCUCCUGCACCGAAGGCUACUGGCUCAUUGGUGGACAGUGUCAGGAUAUCGACGAAUGCCGUUACGGUUACUGCCAACAGCUGUGUGCAAAUGUCCCCGGCUCCUACUCCUGCUCCUGUAACCCCGGCUUCCUCCUCAAUCCAGACGGCCGGACCUGCCAGGAUGUGGAUGAAUGUGAAGAUGAGCCUUGCUCUCAUGGCUGCUUCAACACCUACGGCUCAUUUAUGUGCAACUGUGAUGAGGGAUUCGAGUUGGCAUCUGAUGGUACAACUUGCAUUGACUUGGAUGAGUGCAGUUUCUCUGAGUUAUUGUGCCAGUACAGAUGUGUGAACACCCCUGGCUCUUUCGCCUGCAUCUGUCCACCUGGUUAUUAUGUAUUUGAAGAUGGCAGGAGUUGUGAAGAUAUCAGUGAAUGUGACACUGGCAACAACACCUGCACAGCAGAACAAGUAUGCUUCAACUUCCAUGGAGGCUACACGUGCCUAAAUCCUUUACAGUGCGAAAUUCCUUAUGUCAUCGUUAGUGACAAUCAGUGUAUGUGCUCGGCUGAAAACCCGGCCUGCAGGGAGAGGCCCUUCACGGUUUUGUACCGACACAUGGACAUGUUGUCAGAGCGCAGCGUCCCGACCGACAUCUUCCAAAUGCAGGCCACCACACGCUACCCGGGCUCCUUCUACAUCUUUCAGAUAAAGUCGGGCAACGACGGUCGAGAGUUUUACAUGAGGCAAACCAGUAAUGUGAGCGCCACGCUCGUUCUGUCGCGGCCAAUCAAAGGGCCGAAGGAGGUGGUGCUGGACCUGGAGAUGGUCACCGUCAACAACGUCAUCAACUUCCGAGGCAGCUCCAUCAUCCGACUGACGAUAUACGUAUCAGAGCACCCCUUUUGAGCACCCACCUUAAAGCUUAUGCUCACCCACAGCUGGUUUGUUUGAGACAGCUCAACGCUUUUGUUUAUCUUAUCAUUAUGUCAUCAUCAGUAAAGGCACAUCCGAUAAGGACUCAGAUGACAGGAAGGCAUUCCUGUGCUUGAAUCCCCACCCUGGUUUACUGGAUACUGAGCUUUUAUAGCUACAGGACGGACACAGAGAGAUAUUUAUGGUGUACAAUUUCUGACAUCCUCUCCUCAGACGAUAGAAUGGUUGAAAUUAUGCUCGCUGAGUAUUGUUGUAGAAGCAUGACUCUCUCAAGUUUUCUGUGAAUCUUCAUCCCUUCACAUUUAAGCUGUGAAAGUGACUUCCACGCUGUCGUUUUUUGUCACGGUCAUUGUUGACAGAAAAAGAGCUCAUCAUCCGAACACAAGUUGUGAAUUUGCAGAGGCAAUAUUUGAAAUGAUGUAACGAAAAGUCUUCCACUGAAUUAUUGAUCAAAGUUCUUUUUUUUAGACAAAUAAAUACGUUUACCACAGAAACUACCGUCCGUAGAGUGAGGCGGAUCCGGAGCUUUGGAUGCUGACGAAUGCAAAUAAGGAUCAUAAUGCAAUGAUUUUCAACUCAUUUCAAUUUGAUAUGAAUUGAAAAUGUAAUAUGAUUCAUAUUUUUGCAAGAAUAUUAAUUUUGAAUUUGAUGGUAUCAUACUAUCAAGUGCGUGUUAAUGAUACUGCGUUACAUAAUGUAUUAUGGUAAGUCUGUCUGAGCAUUUGAGAACUAAGAAGACCAGUUAUGCAGGUUGUUGAAAAGUGAAAGCUUGAGACUGUCCAAGGUCCCUUUUGUCUUAAAACUUAUACAAUUUUCCUCUGUUCAGCCUAAACCAGGAGCAAAGCCCUGCCAUUCUUUCACCCAAUUACCUUUUCCCAGUUUUGUAGCAAUGAUAAAGUAGAAGAGAUAUAGUCUGUCCAGGUAUCUCAGGGUCUGCCCCUCCUUUAUGCUACAAAGCCCCGUCACUUGCACCACAUUGUCAAUAU